AUGUCCUACUCACAGGGCAGUACAGGGUCUGUGAAUGGAAUGGCCUACAACGUUUUGAAUGCUUCGCAAUCCCUCUCCUCCACCCCUCGCGCAACACCUCCGCCUCCCAAGGGUUCUCAGAUGUCCUCUUUUGGUUAUUCCAACGGACCACAGAAAAGUAGUUUUAAUGGGUAUGAUGGCACUAACGACUAUGGGUCGGUAAUGUCAUACCAGGAGGAGUACAAGCCACAGAUUUAUCGAGCGGUUUAUUCUAAUGUCGCCGUCUAUGAAAUGGAAGUGAAUGGUGUUGCUGUGAUGAAACGUCGAUCCGAUUCUUGGUUGAACGCAACACAGAUUUUGAAAGUCGCCGGUGUCGUGAAAGCACGCAGGACGAAAACACUCGAAAAAGAAAUUGCCGCUGGUGAACACGAGAAGGUGCAAGGCGGUUACGGAAAAUACCAGGGAACGUGGGUUAAUUAUCAACGUGGCGUCGACCUGUGCAGAGAAUAUCACGUCGAAGAAUCGCUCCGGCCGUUGCUAGAGUAUGACAUGAGUCCUGACGGCUCUGGACAACCCGCCCAAGGCACCAUCGAUACACCCACAAAAGAACAAGCAAUGGCUGCGCAACGCAAGCGUCUUUACAACGGCGGGGAGAAUCGCAGUGCAUCACAGCCGCAACAAGGAACUUUCUUCCAGAAUAUUUCGCGAACCGCUGCCACCGCAGUGAACGCUCUCAGCAAAGCGCGCUUCGACUCGCCCAGCACCAACAGCCGUCGGCCCAGUGUGAUUCGGAAGCCUUCACAACAGAUGAGCAGCCAGGAAUCCGGACUUCCAUUCAGCAGCCAGCAGAGCAUGUACAGCAUGUCUGACAGUGGAUUUGGCAGUCUGCAGAACCGUUUCCAGACCCAAGACGAUCAUGACGAUCUCGCAGAACCCCCGCGCAAACGUAUGCGCUCCGCAUCCCAAUACGCUCCACCUAUCGGUCUACCUCGUGACCCAUCCAACUUGUCCAUGAACGAUCCUACUCCCACAGAACCUAAUGACUCCUUCUACCAAGACAUGGAUCUUCCACCUCCCCCUAUGGAUGACGGUUCCAAACGCGGAAUCGAGUCCCUGGCUCCUGCUUCUACUCCAGAGAGAUUCCAAAAGAUGAAGCUUAUCAUGACAUUAUUCCUCGACAAGCGGACUAAAGAUUUCACAAACCACCCAGCUUUAGUACAACUAACUGGUGACGAUCUUGAAAUUCCUCUCGAUGAGUACCGAAACAAUGCGCUUCAUUGGGCUGCUAUGCUUGCCCGCAUGUCACUACUAAAUGCCCUCGUCGCUAAAGGCGUCAGUAUCUCGCGAGUCAACGGUGCCGGAGAGACAGCUUUGCAAAAGUCAGUGGGAACUCGCAACAACCUAGAUUAUCGAAGCUUCCCUCGCUUGCUCCAGGUACUUGCUCCAACCAUUGACAUGGUCGACUAUAGCGGGCGUACCAUCCUGCAUCACAUUGCGGUUAUGGCUGCUACUGGUGGUGGCGGACACGUCUCCGCAAAACACUACCUAGAAGCUCUUCUUGAGUUUAUUGUACGACACGGAGGCAUUGUUCCGACUUCGAAUGGAGACGCAACAAAUGGAACUCACAGCAAUGAUGUCAUUUCAUUAGGGCGGUUCAUCUCUGAGAUUGUCAAUCUCCGUGAUGAUCAAGGUGACACGGCUCUGAACCUAGCGGGGCGUGCGCGCUCGGUCCUUGUUCCACAGCUUCUAGAAGUUGGUGCCGAUCCUCAUAUUCCCAACCACACUGGUCUCCGUCCUGCAGAUUAUGGUGUUGGUGUUGACAUGGUCGAUGGUAACUCCCAGUCUCAACAAGCGGGCAACCGUAACGAUACAUUUAUUGAUCAAUUGGCGAAGUCGAAGAAAGAGAUUCUUGAUGCCGCAAUGUCUCAAAUUAGCUCAAUGGUUGAGGAGACACUAGGUGGAAUUGACCGAGAGCUGGCCUCUAGCUUGACACAGAAGCAAGAGAGCUUCGAUCAUUGGCACACAAAGAUUCGGGAAUCUGCCAAAGCUCGGCAGAUCGAGCAAAAACAAUUUGAUGAACUGAGACGUAAGGGUUCUGAGCGCGUGGAGCUUGACCGGCGUAUCAAGAACCUCGAGAGAUCUUCAGAGGGCUUGUUGGCUACAGUGAAGAAUACACCCGGGCUAGAUCCAACUAGGACAGUGGUCGUGGGCGAUGCCGACUUGGUUUCUGGCAUUGACACCAACACAUUCGAGAAAUUAUUCCCCGAAAGCUUUGACCCAGCCUCUGGCUUCUCAGAGCAACAAACUGCUUUCUUGUUCUCAAUUCCAAGCACAGACGCCCUUAGACGUCAAGCUCAAUGCUAUAAAGAGUUUAACAGCGGCAUUUUAGCCGAGGUGGACGGUCUCAAAGCAAAGAACGCAGUCCUCGGCCAAAACUACCGGCGCAUGGUGAUGGCAUGCACAGGCUGGACAGCAGAGCAAGUAGACGAAGCAGCAGAAGGACUCACGCAAUGCGUGAAGGAUUUGAACGAUAACCCUGUCCCGGAAGAUGAGGCGAUUGAGAUCUUGAUGCGGGAUCGUGGGCAGGACUGGUAA